CGCCAGAGCGCGCCCCGUCUCCAUGGCGACCGGCUUUUCUCUGCGAGGACCCGGGCGGUGGGGCUGCCCGGCGCGCCUGUUCGGCGCCACGAUUCCGCGGUCGGAGCGGCGGGGUUAAAAACUAAUAUUUAUAUAAGACAGAAGAGAAAGAUGUCAUUCCGUAAAGUAAACAUCAUCGUCCUGGUCCUGGUUGUUGUUCUCUUCCUACUGGUUUUGCACCAUAACUUUCUCGGCCUGAGCAGUUUGCUAAGGAAUGAGGUUUCAGAUUCAGGAAUUGUGGGGUUUCAGCCCAUAGACUUUGUCCCAAAUGUUCCCCGACAAGCUGUAGACGGGAGACAAGAGGAGAUUCCUGUGGUCAUCGCUGCAUCUGAAGAUAGGCUCGGGGGGGCCAUUGCAGCCAUAAACAGCAUUCAGCACAACACUCGCUCCAAUGUGAUGUUUUACAUUGUUACGCUCAAUGGUACAGCAGACCAUCUCCGGUCCUGGCUCAGCAGCAGUACCUUGAAAAGCAUCAGGUACAAAAUUGUGGAUUUUGACACUAAACUUUUGGAAGGGAAAGUCAAGGAGGAUCCUGACCAGGGGGAAUCCAUAAAACCAUUAACCUUUGCAAGGUUCUACUUGCCAAUUCUGGUUCCCAGUGCAAAGAAGGCCAUAUAUAUGGAUGAUGAUGUAAUUGUGCAAGGGGAUAUUCUUACCCUUUACAACACACCACUGAAGCCAGGGCAUGCAGCUGCAUUUUCAGAAGAUUGUGACUCAGCCUCUACCAAAGUUGUCAUCCGUGGAGCAGGGAACCAGUAUAAUUACAUUGGCUAUCUUGACUAUAAAAAAGAAAGAAUUCGUAAACUUUCCAUGAAAGCCAGCACCUGCUCAUUUAAUCCUGGAGUUUUUGUUGCAAACUUGACAGAAUGGAAAAGACAGAAUAUAACCAACCAGCUGGAAAAAUGGAUGAAACUCAACGUAGAAGAGGGACUGUACAGCAGAACACUGGCUGGCAGCACCACAACACCACCUCUGUUGAUCGUAUUUUAUCAACAGCACUCUACAAUUGACCCCAUGUGGAAUGUCCGCCACCUCGGUUCCAGUGCUGGAAAACGAUAUUCACCCCAGUUUGUAAAGGCUGCCAAGUUACUUCAUUGGAAUGGUCACUUUAAGCCAUGGGGAAGAACUGCUUCCUAUUCUGAUGUCUGGGAAAAAUGGUACAUUCCAGACCCCACAGGCAAAUUCAGCCUGAUCCGAAGACAUAUGGAGAUCUCAAAUACAAAAUAAAACAUAAUUUAUGCUAUAAGCAUUUCUCAGGAAAUCCUGGAAGACAGUAUGUGUGGGAAUUAACAGUUGCAAGGCUUCAAUGCCUACCUGCAGCAACCCAUGGAAAGAGGGACAUUUCAGCUGGGUAAAGAGGAUGAACUACCCUGUUUAGCAGUCAGCUUCCCAGAUAGGCUAUAAAUGUCUCCAUCUGCCUUACCAAAUGUUUGCUUACUGCCAUACUGAAGGACUGACAGGGAUGGUACGGCUAGUUCAACACUACUGCUUGGUUUUAAUUUUGUAAUAUUAACCUGUGGUCUGAUCUGUUAAUAAAGUGAAACCUACAUUUUUCAA